AUGGCUGCCCACGACGAAUCUGCCUACUCGAGCGCCGACAAUGACUCCGACUCUGGCAUACUUACGGUGCAAAUCCAACGGCUUAUUCUACAGCUGAAAAUGGACCGGGAUGAGCGCACAUACACCAUCCUCCGAGAAUCGGCCAUGGCUUUCGACAACUUGCGCUCCCGAGUGCGCACAUACCACGAAGAGCGACGCAACAAAGAAUCAAAGUCCCGCGCGGCACACGUCGAGACCCUGAUUAGGGCCACUGAGCGCCAGAAGGAGAUCGAGGCCAGGAUGUCGGCUUUGAUCAAGAAGCUGGACUCGACUACACAAGAAUUGGAAGCGAUGAUGUUGAGGGGUUAUCUUGGGCGAGAGGGAGAAAUGAGAAAAGUCGAGAAUCAGAAGACAUCGUAG